AUAUAUAUCGUGAUAAAUAUUUUUGGCCAUAUCGCCCUGCUCUAAUAGCAACAUCAAGAAGAAGUAACACAAGAAGCUCGAGAGAUGUGGAGUGUUAAAACAACAUUGGUCCCCAUGAGCACAGUGACCUCUGUGGGGCAGUGACCCCCAAACUAGGUGAGUGGCUUCAGCAGACCCCAGAGUGCAGUCCUAGAUACUAGUCAGGGUCCUGUCUAGUAGAGGCUCUAAGACUGCGCUUUCCUGGACGGAAAUCUUGGAUAUCCCUCCUGGGAUCUGCUGAAGCCAAGGGGUAUUAACUAGAGUAUGUGUGUGUGUGUGUGUGUGUGUGUGUGUAUGGGUUUGUUUAUUUGUUUUCUCCAUUUAGGACUCAUUGAUGUCAUUGUUUUCCUUAAUAUUUCAGUCGGACACUUACCUUUGCAUGGCAUUUCCAGUUCCAACUAGGCAAGAUGCAUAUAUUGUGGACUUCAUACCUCUUGCCAGUAUGGAUACAGUCCAUCACAUGCUGCUGUUUGGCUGUCAGACCCCUGUGUCCACCCACAGCUUUUGGGACUGUGGCAGUGUGCAAGGCACUUGUGAGGAUGAAGCAGCAAUUAUGUAUGCCUGGGCUCGAAAUGCACCACCUACCAAAUUACCCAAAGAUGUUGGCUUUAAAGUUGGAAGAAGUUCAGGAAUGUCCUACUUUGUACUGCAGAUUCAUUACGGAGAUAUUAGUGCUUUCAAAGAUCACCAUAGAGAUUGCUCAGGACUUACUUUAAGAAUGACUUCUAGGCCGCAGCCAUUCAUUGCUGGCAUAUAUUUGCUCAUGUCUGUGGACACAGUUAUCCUUCCAGGACAAAGAGUUACAGAUGCAGAUGUCGCAUGCGAUUAUACUUCAUAUCCAAUCUACCCAUUUGCCUUCAGGACCCACACACACCACCUUGGUAAAGUGGUCAGUGGCUACAGAAUCCGAGAUGGGAAGUGGACCCUGAUUGGGAGACAAUCCCCUCAGCUACCACAGGCUUUCUAUCCUGCUAACAAGCAGGUGAAUGUGAAAUAUGGUGAUACCCUUGCUGCCAGAUGUGUGUUCACUGGUGAGGGUAAAACCUCAAAAACUUACAUUGGCGGUACUUCUGAUGAUGAAAUGUGCAACUUCUAUAUAAUGUAUUACAUGGAAAGCAGACAUGCUAUCCCUUACAUGAACUGCAUGGAGAUGGGUUCUGAAGAGCUGUUCCAACAUAUUCCCCCUGAGGCAAAUGUACCCAUUAAUGUCAGUCCAAGCCAUACGAAUUCUGUGAUGCAUCUGGGACAAUCCACAGAUGAUCGUGACCACGCAGUUGUGCUGGAUACAAAUAAACCAGAAACUGUGGAUCAGGACUACCAUUUUGAGCAAGUUUCAGCUUGGCCACAGAGUUCACUUCAGCUAGGACAGGUGUCAGGACUUGCUCUUGACUCAGAUUCUAACUUGGUCAUUUUUCACAGAGGUGACCACCACUGGGGAGCAGACUCUUUUAACAAUCAGGCAAAAUACCAGCAGAGGUCCCUAGGACCAAUUCAGCAGUCUGCCAUUUUAGUUGUGGAUCCAUCCAAGGGCAGUAUCUUGAAGGCUUCUGGCAGAAACAUGUUUUUUUUGCCUCAUGGAAUAACAACAGACAAAGAGAAUAAUUACUGGGUGACUGAUGUGGCUCUUCAUCAGGUGUUAAAAGUUAGCAGUGAUGGCAAAGACAAAACCUUGAUGGCAUUAGGAGAGGCCUUUAUACCAGGGAGUGACAACAACCAUUUCUGCCAGCCCACUGAUGUGGCAGUUGACACUGAAAGUGGGAACAUCUUUGUCUCUGAUGGUUACUGUAAUGCCAGGAUAAUAAAGUUCUCUGCUGAUGGCAAAUACCUGUCUGAGUGGGGUGCAGGCUCAUCAGACAGGAGAAGGCGAAUACCUUUUCAUAUUCCCCACAGCCUGGUGUUACUUCCUGAUAAAAAGGAAAUUUGUGUGGCAGAUAGAGAGAAUGGACGCAUCCAGUGCUUUAUAGCAGAAACUGGAGAGUUUGUCAAGGAAAUUAAAAAAGAUGAAUUUGGAGGGGAAGUGUUUGCUAUCUCCUACAGCCCUACUGGGGAUGGCUUGAUUUUUGCAGUAAAUGGGGAAUCGCUAUCUCGUCCAGUUCCAAUUAGAGGUUUUGUUAUAGAUUAUUCAACCAAGGAUAUUUUGGACACCUUUAGCCCUAACAAAAAGGAGUUCAAAAUGCCUCACGAUAUAGCUGAAACUAGGGAUGGCAGUGUUUUUGUUGGGGAUGCCAGCAGCAAAUCCGUCUACAAGUUUACAGCAGAGAAGUUGCAUCAUUCUGUCAAGAAAGCUGGAAUUGAAGUUCAAGAACUUGAAGGUAAAGCAGUGGGCAGUCUGAAUCUGGGAAACUUCUUUCCAUCCCAUAAGGGUUAUAGUCGUCAGGGCUUUGACCAGCUGAGUACUGAAGGCAGUGACCAAGAGAGAAAUGAUGAGGACAGCAGCGACUCUGAAAAUGAGGAGUACUCUGCUCUGCCGCCGCCUCAGUCCUCCUCUUAGAUGUUCUGGGGCCAACUGCAAACCUUCCACCAACCUUCUGCUAAAAUUGCUGAUGUAGUUAUUCAUCACAUGUGUAACUGUUGUACCAGCUGCCAAUGUGUGUGUGUGUGUUAUUGUAUGUGAAACAUAUUUUGAUAAGUUAUUUAUUUAAUUCAGCUAUGGUAUUCAUACAGCCUUUUCUGGCAUAAUCUACUCAUGUCACAGUGUCACUCAUUUCAUUUCCCCAAAUCAAACCUGCUUUUACUGAGAUUAUUAACAAUAUUUUGAAAAAUCUGGAGUUGGUUUUGGCCUUAAAAUAACAAUGCAAAUCUGUUAAAAGAAUGAGAUCAUUUCCCCUUUAGCUGUUAAAGGCUGAUGUUGGAUUGCUGUCCGCCUUCAAAGUCAGUGUUUUUUUUAACAUGCAUUCCCUUUGUUUUAUUAACAAAGGAUUCAUCUUGAUGGUGAUUAAUCAGCCUCCAACUGUCCUGCACCAUAAUGUAGCUCUCACUCUAGUCAUUGUGGACUUGGCUUCCUCGUCAGCUAUAUUCUUGCUGUUCAUGGCGAAAAAAUACUCUGAUGAAUUCUGUCAUUUUUCUGUUUGUCAAGUUUUUAGCAAAAGUGGCAUUUCAUGUGAUAUUGUGUGAUUUGAAUUGUGAAAUAGAGAAAUAUUGUCAAUUCAUUUUUUUCAGUUUUAUUUAUACAGCACCAAAUCACAACAACAGUUGAUGAAGUGUUUGUAAUAAUACGCAAGACCAGACAGAGACUACACAGGAUGCAUUUAAAUAUCACACUCACUUGAAUAAAAAUUGCUUGUGUGGUGAAACCCACUGCAUAUGAGAUUUGAUGAGAAAAAAAAAUUUAAUCCUGUAUUUGGGAAAUUCUUUUUUUUUACAGCCACUGAAAUGACUAACUAUAAUUAUAAUAAUGUAUGGUAGCUUUUAUAUGCCAUCUCCCUCUAUAGGGAGAUGGCAUAUAAAAGAUUUCCUAUAUCUGUUUUUGUAGCAGCAGAGCUAAAUCUGUUUGUUAGAGUAGCUGGUCAGGAUUAUCCAUAAUGGACAAUGGUGACAACCUGUCCACCAAUGCUUCAAAUGUGUCCAGUUUGCAGCCAAUCACACAGCCAGCCUCUCUAAUCAGUUUAUUCAAUCUGUUGGUCACUAUAUUAUGAUUUGAUAAUAUCCCUUAAUAAAUUACUUGUUCAUAAAAGAUUGCUUUCUCUGGGAAAGUUUCCCAAAUUUAAAACAUCUGAUCUUGUUUGCAGUUUCAGUUAUUGUGUUAUCUAUAUGGUAACCUACUUACUGCCACUUUUGCUGGUCAUUGUGCUUGUUGCAUUGAAAAGGAAAUGUAGGGGGCGGCGCAAACACUGUUAUUGUCACCAUGACCUAAUAUGGUUACUUCUACCCUUAAACGCAAUGAUUUUACACCGUUUCAUUAUCAUUUCAAUUUUUCACUUAAUCUUAAGUUGGAUCAGUUUUUUUUUUACACGUGAUUCUGUGCCUCUUUGCAUCUGUCUUGCCUUUUGUUUUAAUCACGUGCCAUAACAACACAUACCAUUCAUGGGAUGAAAAUUGCUGCCAGUAGAGCUUGUAUCAUAGUGAUUUUAUUUCCCUUCAGAAAAUUUUAUAGUGUAUAAAUUCAUAUAUGCCUGAAUCUCUGUGCACUAAUCAUUCUUUAGAACAGGGGUAGGGAACGUUAGUCCUCGAGAGCCGGUGUCCUGCAGGUUUUAGAUCUCACCCUGGGUCACGACACCUGACUCAAAUGAUUAGGUCAUUACCAGGCCUAUGGAGAACUUCAAGAAAUGUUGAGGAGGUAAUUUAGCUAUUUAAAUCAGCUGUGUUGGAUCAAGGACACAUCUAAAACCUGCAGGCCUCUCGAGGCCUGGAGUUCCCUACCCCUGCUUUAGAAGAACCACUUCUCAAGCUUCAUAACGCUAAACCCAGCUUAUAAAUAUAUAUACACAAAAUAUAUAUGUUUUUGUUUUGUCUUGUCCUACCCAGCAGCCUAAACCAACUGGGUGUUCUGACUUAAUCAAUAAAAGCAUUUAUAUGUAAAAAUCAAUAAAGACAUAUUCAGUCUGAUGGCAGCAGUGCGGAACAAGUGAAGUCCAAAUUAAUGUGUAUUAAUUAAUUAAUUAAUUAAGGAAAAUUCACUGAACACACUUCAUGCACAUACUGGAAGCUCAAAGAUAGUGGAAGAAGACUUUUGUUUAUUCAAAAUAUUCAAGUUUGUUCAGGAUUCUGAGGUUUAGUUACAGUUACUCUUUUUUCCUUUUUUAUGUAGUCUGCACCACUUCUUUUUGUAUUUAUCCUCAAUAUAUCAUAAUGUUUAAAUGAUUUCCUAACACGGUGCCAUGUUUUACAUGUGAAUGCUGUAAUAUUAGUUGUGACACACUGGUUUUGCUGCAAGAGUACUAUUUUCAGUAACUGUUAUUUGUGUAAUAAAGUGUUUGCAAAGCA